AUGAUUAACUCUGCUGAUAGGCAAUAUCCAUGGAUAUCUGUUGCUCCAAUGCUAGAUGUUACAAAUAUACAUUUCCGCCAUUUCUGUAGAUUAUUAUCGACUAAUGUUCAGUUGUGGACUGAAAUGGUAGUAAGUGACACAAUUAUUUAUUGUCAUAAUGAUCCUGAUAGGGAAAUAUUACUUAGGGAAGGUUCCUUACAGAAAAGUGAUGUAGAUGAACCUAUAGUAUUACAAAUAGGGGGAAAUGACCCAACGAAAGUUGCGGAUGCUAUCGAAAUAGCUAUAAAAUAUGGCUUUAGAUCAUUUAAUCUAAAUAUAGGCUGUCCAUCUCAAAGAGUUGCUUGUAAGGGGAAUUUCGGAGCAUAUCUGUAUAAGGAUCCCGACUUGGUUGCUAAGAUUGUAGGUACUGUGAAUCACCGAAUUAAGUCUCUUAAUACCAGGAUAUCAGUUAAAACUAGAAUUGGUGUAGAUGAUUGUGACUCCUAUGAUAUCUUGCAUAAUUUCAUAUCAGUAGUUUCCGGCACAACUCCAAGAAUAGGCAAAUCUCAAGGUGUUGGAUCUGAAGAGGACUUUCUUGGUGCUACAUGUUACAUAAUACAUUCCAGGAAGGCUUGGUUGGAUGGUCUAGACCCACAGAAAAAUCGGACAAUACCAUCAUUGAAAUACACCUGGGUUUAUAAAUUAGUUUGUGACUUUCCUCAUCUAGACUUUGUAAUUAAUGGUGGUAUAGAUAGCUUAGAUAAAGCUGAGGAGUUACUAUGGGGAGUAUGGAAACCAACAUGUAAAGAUACAGGGGAAUCUUAUACUCCUGAAUAUAAUGAUAAAUAUUUAGCUAUUGAAAAAUUAAGUAAAAGGGUAAAAGUAGAUGACAAUUCUAAUACUAUAACUGAUUAUGAUAGUGAAGUAAUAGAGAGGGCAAGAAAAUUAAAGAAUGGCUUGCCACUUUAUGGAGUUAUGAUUGGACGUGAAAUAAUGAAUAAUCCAUGUAUAUUAGCUAAUGUAGAUAGGAAAUUUUAUAAUUCGGAAGCACCUAAAACAUCAUUAAAUCGCAAGGUCUUAAUUGAAAGUUAUAUUGAAUAUCUAAAUAAAUUAAAACCAAGAAAUAAUAAUAAAUACCAUCAAAAGAACAAUGAUAUCAAUUUAACUAAUUCCAAUAUCCAUUUAGAUAUUAUUGAUAAUGUGCCAAAUAAAUUUUCUAUAGGUGAGCUAUUUAAUUGUUUAAAACCAGUAUUUGGGGUACUUUGUAGAUUAAAGGGGGCAAAAGUAUGGCGAAGGAUUCUCACUAAGAAGAUACAAGAUUCCAAACUUACAUCUGAAAAUAUAUUACCUGGGGAUAUUCUUUCUAGUGCUCUUUUAGAAUUUGAGACUAAAUUUCCGGGAAUAUUAAAUCAAUCUAUCAUUGAAAAUUAG